CGCAGGUUGAAAUUUGCGCGCGCAGCGUACUGACAGAAGGAAGGAGUCGGGGUCUAUUAGAGACAGUAAUCUGUAAUGUCUAAGAGAAAGGAGUUCCUGGAGUCUGUCCAUCCGGACCGAGUGAAGGAUUUUCUCCACUUCAUUACUCUACACAAAGAUGUGUCGGAGCCGUUGGACCUGUCCGAGCUGGUUCAGGAGCUGCAGGUGAAGCAGCGGUUGGAGCUGUGGGGUAAAAUGUCGGUGUUGCUGAGACACACACUGCACUCGUAUCCCUCAGAGCGCUGGAUCAGCCGCCUGGACCACGACCCGGACGGAGACGACAUGGAGGUGGAGCAGUCCGCUGAGCUGAAACACACCAUGUCGGUGCUGGACGGUGUUACAGUGGUGUGUACGGUGUGUGUGGGUGUGAUCCAGAGCGGAGACACGUACGACAACCUGCUGGACUGCGCUCACACACUCAACAGUGUAGAGAGUUACCUGCCCGUGUCUGAGGUGCCACUCCAGAAGGCCAUUCACUGGCUGUUUGAGUGCUGGUGGAGGCGGGGCUUACAGGGGAAGGAGGAGCUCGGCUGGACCGCGUUCGUUGCUUGUUUGGAGAACACGGUUACGCUCAAGAAAACGGUGAGUGAGCUGAACCGUCUGUACUCUCUGCGUGAGGUGCUGCUCAGUGUGGAGUUUGACUCGGAGAGGGGUCAGUGCAUCACCGACCCCCUGCUGCAGUGCUUCCUCAGCACCAACCACAUCAAACGAGAGGAGGGGAAGCGCUUCCUGGCGUUCCUCUUCGGAUGGGACGUCGGUUUCAUCAAGAUGAUCCAUGAUACCAUCAAGAACCAGCUGCAGUUUCUAUCCAAAGCCAUGGCUGAAGACGUGGCUGAGAUCUAUUUCCGGGCGUGGAGGAAGGCGAGCAGUUCGUUCCUGGAGGAGAUCGAGUCGUGUAUCCAGGACCUGAUGCAGCACGCCAUCCUGCUGCACCGAACCUCACCUGUACAGCCCAGAGUGCGCCAGAUUCUGACGUAUUUCCACAAGCAGAAGUUCCGGCAGGGCGUGGACCAGAUGCUGCAUCGCCUCUACAUGCCCAUUCUGUGGAAAGCUCUGAAGGCGGUGAACGCGGAGGUACGAGCGAACGCCACCCUGCUCUUCACCGAGGCGUUCCCCGUCCACGACCCCAGCAUGAGCAGCGACAGGGUGGACGAGCUGGUGCAGAAACAACUGGACACACUCUUCGCCCUGCUGGAGGACGUGAGCCCCUCAGUGCGCUGUGCGGCCGUGUUAGGAGCGUGUUCAGUGGUGUCUCGGUGUUGGGAGCUGCUGCCCGGCUCCAUCAUCACCGACCUGCUGAAGAAGCUGCUGGAGCUCGCCUCGGACAGCAGCAGCCCCGACUGUCGCUGCGCCGUCUUCAUGUGCAUGUCGAUGAUCCUGGAUAACAGAAUGAGCCACCCCCUGAUGGAGAAGCUUCUCCCGGCACUGAAGCUGAGUCUCCACGACACGUCGGAGAAAGUGCGUGCGGCCUUCGUCGACCUGCUGCUCAAGAUCAAAGCCGUCCGUGCAGCCAAGUUCUGGAAGGUGUGUUCGAUGGAGCACCUGCUGGGGCGUUUGGAGCAGGACUCGGUGUGUGUGUCGAAGCGCAUCGUCAACCUGCUCUUCAGCUCCUUCUUCCCUCUGACUCAGCCCGAGACCGCGUGGUGCGAGCGCUGCGUCUCCAUCGUCCAGAUGAACCCCGGAGCCGCGCGCAAGUUUUACCGCUACGCCUACAUGUACACCGCGCCCACCAACAUAGUGAAACUGAUGCUGAUGAUCCGUAAGUGUUUGAACGCGUGCAUCCAGAGGACAGGAGAAAACCCAGACGAGUCUGUCUGCAGCAACAAGGAGAAUAACUCGGUGCUGGAGGACGUGCUGUCGGUGAAGGACACGUCGGUCAUGGCGAGUCUGUUGGAGCUGGUGGUGAUUCUGUGGAGGAGCGUACAGAAAUCCCUGCAGCUCAACCAGGAGGCUCUGCAGUACACCACCGCCAAGUUCGCCUCCGUCCUGCCCGAGUACCUCCGCGUCUUUCAGGACGAGCGAAGUACAGCUGCACUCAUCCGCCUGGCGUCUCUGCUUCCUGUGUCCGCUGUUCCAGCUUUCCGGAGUAAAGUGUCGGCUCAGCUGAGGAGGUUGAACAGCGGCUCGGCCGUGUCCCUGUACAGUCAGCUGAUCGAGUGUAUGUGUGGUUGGGGUCAGGUGAACCAGGUGUUGGAUCUAGCAGUGCAGUGGCUCACCGAGGCCACGCCCCUCAACACGGUGGAUGCGAGUGGGGGUGACCCCCGGAGGGUGCAGUUUGAGGAGCCGGAGGUGGAGGCAAAGCCAGGGUUGGGGUUAGAUUACGUGGAGUACAUGCUGUCCAGACCUCACACUCGAGACAGUGUGUUGAGUCGGAGUGUGGAUCAGCUCACACCCCUGCUCACAGCCCUCACUGCCUGGAAGGCGGUGCUGUUCUCCUCUCUGAGUGAGGGCGAGGUCAGUGAAGCGGUCACAGAGACGGCACUCCGAGCUUUUGGCUUACACAGUCGUCUCACCGUCCACCUUCAACACAAACACCCGGAGGGGCAGAGCUUCCGGACCAUGCUGGAGGAGUCCAUGGACUGGGUGGAGAAGAGGGUCCUCCCGUUCCUGGUUGCCCCUGGCGACAGUGUCUGUGAGCAGCAGCUGAGUCUGAGCAGGAGAAUUGUGGAGAUCUGCCUGUAUGUGUGUAAGGACACCGUGCAAGUCGCUCUGGGAGACAGCGAUUUUAACGACCACGUGCUCCAGCUUUGCUCCCACGUGGUGUUGUCUGAGAAAGGCUACAUGUGUGUCCCUGUCCUGCUGUCCCUGCUGACCGAGGUGGCUCAGGACUGCGUUUCCCACGAUGCCGAGGGACAGGAAGAGCAGCUGUCUGUCACCCUGGGCAUCAUCGCCAACAUUUUCCAGAAAGUUCUGGAGGUCAUGUCACACCGUCUACGCAAAGAUAAAGAGGAGGGACAGGAGUUGUGCUCCUCCUCCAGAGACGCCCUGCACAACUUCCUGCUGGUGACUCAGUUGGUGUCUGAGAGGUCAGAGGUCAUGACUGGGACUUUCUCGUCUCUGUGUGCCGCCAUCAUCGUCGACAUCAGCAUAACUCUCCAGAAGAUUUCUAAUCCUGAAGAAUUGACGACUCCUGAGACUGUAACAGAUCUGCCUCCGCUCUCGAGCACCAUCAUGUCUGCCAUCCUCAAAUCACCUGCAGUAACCAGGAGCUUCUUGUCUGAGAUGAGCUCGACGGUCGACUCGGAGGCCAUCGACAGCAUCGGCGGACUCGCGGCCAUCGCGCACGUUCUGACCAUCAUGAGGACAACGGAAAAGUUCAGCGCUGAUCUAAAGCGGAUCAGUGUGUCGGUGCACAGACAGAUCCUGCAGAACUACGGCGUCACACCGGACGACUCGACACACAGAGUUCUCUACGAGAACGCAGUGGGGGCGCUGAACGAGCUCUUGAUGCCGUGAAUCUGCGGGUCGUCUUUAUGAAAAACGUGGCAAGGGAUCAUGCUUUUGCUAUGCAUAUAUAUAUAUGUUCUUUCUUACCUGUCAUUUAAAUUGCUUUUCACUGUGUCUUCAUUAUACAGCACUUGUGUAUCAGUGGAAACAAUGUGGGCGCUAAUCACAACGAUAACCAGUAUCUUCUUCGUUACAGACGCAUUUUGCUGAAAUGGUGGAGAUAAAAAAAAAAGCAGUGAUGAAAUUGUGUAUCUAUAAUGAAUGUUUUGCAGGCUGAUAUUAAGUGUAACGUGGGACUGAAUGAUAAUGACACAUCUAUCUCAAUAAAUUUUCGGAGGUUUUAUACAGA